AAGUCACGUGACACGGCUAGGAGUGCUGUCAUGUGAUGGUCCCUGCGUUUGCAACGAAGCUCUUCACAGCCAACAAACAAAAUAAUAAAAACCGCGCAGGAGACGAAAAACUCACAAAGAAGAGAGACUGAACCUGCUGAACGUGUAUCAUGGGGUGCUGUUUCAGCAGCGACAGCGAGACGUCGGAGCAGAAGAAUGACGAGGUGAGGCCAUUGAUUCCUGACCCAAACCUGGACCGAAAACCCACCAAUGGCUCGGAGCGAAACGCAGACAGCCUCUCGUCCAACCGCACAGAUGAGCAGGCCUUGCUCACGGUCAUCCUGCAGCGCACAGCCCUGAACAUAAUUGACGUGUCGGCUGUGGAUUCUCAAGGCAUGGAGCAACAUGAAUACAUGGACAAAGCCAGACAGUACAGCACAAAGCUGGAGGUGUUGAGCAGAACGCUGUCUCAGAAGAAGCCGGUUCCUCUCCCGUCAUUGACCAGCCAACCUCACCAGGUGCUCGCCGCUGACCUGGUGCCCUACGCAGAUGUACAGCAGGUCUCUAAGAUCGCUGCGUACGCCUACAGCGCCAUCUCACAAAUCAAAGUAGAUGCCAAGGAAGAGCUGGUGGUGCAGUUUGCUAUACCAUGAUUCAAAAAAUGGACCCUGUCCUCCCCAAAUUCUCUGUUUCUGUCUCUCUUUCUGGCCCUUUUCACUCCUCUGUUCUCCUCCCAAACUUCUUGAUAU